AUGGACAUCGAGAUGCUGCCUCCAACGGCAAAGGAUAUAAGCUUCGGAUCAGCAUUCGCUAAUGGUGGCACUGCUAAUGGUGGCACUGCUACUGGUGGCAAUGGUUCCGGUUCUCAGGCUGCGUCAAGCGGCAAGCCGCAGCAGGAGCUGCCAGCGCUGACACAUCAGUAUGCGGAACAAUACGUGUAUGCAUACCCAGCAGCACCGGCAUACGGCGGCCCUCCAAAGCCCCCGCCGGCGUAUCGCUAUGGCUAUGGCUAUGGUGGAGGUGGUUCUGGUGGACCCGUCAAAAGCAAUGAUGAUGGAGAAUCAAAAACCCGUCAAAAGCCCGUCACUAAUAUGUUUGUGACCGAAACCAAAAGUACAUCACUAUUAUUUGCUUGUGUGACGGAUCCUGGUUGUGACUGUUAUUUUGAAACCCAUACCUAG